UUUCCAUUUGUUUCUUUAAUCAUAUUUAAGGAGUGUCCAUAAGGAGAGCUCCACCUCCUGGAGGAUUAAAGCCUAACAGUACUGAGCUAUUUGCCUGUCAAAAUGUCUACAAAAUUGGGAAAGUCAUCAUCACUCCUAACACAAACUUCAGAAGAAUGUGAUGGGAUUCUGACAGUGAAGAUGGAAGAGGAAAAGCAGACCUGUGAUCUGGACUCUAUCCUCCACUGGAGCAGCAGCUACAGCCCAGAGACCUUCUGCCAGCAGUUCAGGCAGUUUAGCUACCAGGAUUCACUUGGGCUCCGGGAGGCUCUUAGGCGGCUCUGGGAACUUUGUCAUCUCUGGCUGAGGCCAGAGAUGCACACCAAAGAGCAGAUCCUGGAGCUGCUGGUGCUAGAGCAGUUUCUGGCCAUCCUUCCAAAAGAACUGCAGGCCUGAGUGCAGAACCAUCAUCCAGAGAAUGGAAAGGAAGCUGUGACUAUGCUGGAGGAUGUGGAAAGAGAGCUUGAUGGACCAGAGCAGAUAAGAAGGAUGCCUGUCUUUUAUGGACAAAGGAAGGACAUGAUUGCAGAGAAGCUAGCACCUUCAGAAAUCACUGAGGAAUUGCCAAGUAGCCAGCUCAUGCCUGUGAAGAAGUAGCUCCAGGGAGCAUCAUGGAAGCUUCAGUCCUUAAGACCACAUGAUGAAGACAUCAAAACUAUAAUUGUGAAAUCUGCUUCAAGGCAAAAGACUUCUUCAGGCAUAGAACUGCAUUACGAUGCUUCCAACAGCCUUCAUAUGAAUGCCUCCCAGAGUUCCACAUACAGAAGAACCUGUGAACAAGAUGGUAAGUUUGAAAGAAGACAAGGGAACCCUUCUCAGAAAAAAUAAUACAAAUGCGAUGAAUGUAGCAACAUCUUUAGUCAGAGUUCAGCCCUUAUUUUACAUCAGAGAAUCCACAGUGGAAAGAAACCUUAUGCAUGUGACGAGUGUGCAAAGGCUUUCAGUUGAAGCUCGAUUCUGAUUCAACAUUGAAGAACCCACACUGGCAAGAAGCCCUACAAGUGUCAUGACUGUGGCAAAGCCUUAAGUCAGAGCUUGAAUCUUUUCAGACAUAGGAAAAGAAACAUGAGGAAAAAAGUCCCAUAAGUACCUUGAGGGAAUCAAAGCAUUUACUCAGAGCUAUUUUAGCACAAGGGAAGACACAAGGUGCAAACACUCCUUAGUACAAAUCAGUGGUCUUAGUUGACACCAGUCUCCUUUCAAGGGUCAUAAAAGCCAUAGGAGAGAAGGUUGAAAAUCUCAUGUCAGCAUUAUUUGCUUUUCUGCUUAUCAAUGCUGUGUCAAUUCUGAUGUUUCGGAUUCCAAAGCUUAAUUGAGAUUUCCAUCGCUAUACAGCCCUUGAAAAGACAUUCUCAGACAUGUUCUACUAUUUUCAUUAUUAACACAUAUAAUGAACUAGUAUAUAUCUUCUUAGACAAAUACAUUUUUUCCCUCAUUGAGAAGGAAUGUGUGAGUUACUCAGUGUAAAAAUAGAUAUCCUCCUCCAUUUCAUAACUUGAGCACUAGAAUUCUAAAGACCAAAGAUUAAAGCACUC